ACAGCUACAUUGCAUGUGCACAUAUAGCGUGACGGUUUCUUUUAUUAUUCAUGAUUUGUCAUGCACUCGGUUCUGUGAGUCGUGCUGUGCAGAUUCUGUCUACUUCUGAUGUGUAAAUGAAAGCAGAAAUCAUUUGUCGCCCGGUACAGCAGAAGGUGUGAGCAGCUCUCCAUGGCCCAGUUCGGAGGGCAGAAGAACCCUCCAUGGGCGGCUCAGUUUGCAACUGCGGUAUCACAGCCCGGCCACACAGGGCAGUCCAUUGACCUGAACAGUUUACACUCUCUAGGGGUACAGCAGCCGUCCCUCUUGGGUGCGUCCCCUAUGUACUCUCAGCAGUCAGCAUUAGCCGCAGCCUCCCUCAACACACAGUCUGCCGCUAACUACCAGCUCUCGCAGCAGACUGCAGCUCUCCAGCAGCAGGCCGCUGCAGCUGCAGCUGCUGCAUUACAACAGUCUCAGAUCAAUUCAGCCCUGCAGCAGUAUCAGCAGCAGCAGCAGCAGCAGCAGCAGCAGCAACAACAGCAGCCGCCACCCCAAGCCCCCCCGCCGCAGCCUCCCCCUCAACAGACCCUUUACAACAUCCCUCAUCAGCUUCCACAACCUCAACAAGCCCUGCUUUCACAGCCCCCUGUUGCCUUGCCCACCAGCCUGAGCCUGUCGAACCCGCAGCAGACGGCACAGAUCACUGUGUCCUACCCGACGCCUCGCUCCAGCCACCAGCAGCAGACCCAACCCCAAAAGCAGCGUGUUUUCACAGGGGUUGUUAGCAAGCUGCAUGAUACCUUUGGCUUUGUAGAUGAAGAUGUCUUCUUCCAGCUCAGUGCCGUUAAGGGAAAAACACCACAAGUGGGCGAUCGCGUUCUGGUGGAGGCCGUCUACAAUCCCAACAUGCCUUUCAAAUGGAACGCCCAGCGCAUCCAGACCUUACCUCAGCUGUCCAACCAAACGCACCAGCUGCCCCAGCCCUUACCUCAGGUUUCCCAACAGCUGUCCAGCUUUUACUCGGAAGCAGGAAUGCCACGCUUCUCUGACACACACCAUUCGGUGGAUUCAAGACAAAAUAGUCAACCCCCAGGCCCAAACAUGAUGAAACCAGGUCCCACAAUGCUGCAGUCUCUACCCCCGCCCACCACGUUCAGCGUCCCGGGCCAGGGACCUCCUCCAUCGCUUCUACAAGCCCAGCUCUCCGCAGCCUCUCUGACACCACUGCUGCACAACCCACCACAACCCCUGCUGCCCCAGCCACCUCCUAAAGAGUCUGUGUUCUCAGGAGGUUUACUCCAGCCCCCAGUGCGCAUGAUACCUCAGCCCCAGCAGGUGAGGCGCGUGGACCCCUCUCCUCGCUUCCCCAGUCGAAGUGACCGACCAGAGCUCAUCCUGAGGAAGGAUGACCGCAGUCGGGAGAGAGAAAGAGAACGAAGAAGGUCAAGAGAACGUUCACCCACACGGAAACGUUCUAGAGACAGAUCUCCUCGCAGAGAACGUUCUCCAAGACGGCCACGCAGAGUCGUACCAAGAUAUACCGUGCAGUUCUCAAAGUUCUCCCUCGAUGGUUAUAACUGUGAUGUGAUGGAGCUUCGCCAGAGGUAUCAGAGCCUCUACAUUCCCAGUGACUUCUUUGACGCUGUGUUUACCUGGGUGGAUGCCUUCCCCGUAACACGACCUUUCACCUUUGGAAACUACUGUAACUUCCACAUCAUGCAUAAAGAGGUGGACUCUCUGGUGAAGAACACGGCCGUGCUGGAUCCACCUGACGCCAAUCACACAUAUAGCGCAAAGGUGAUGCUACUUGCCAACCCCACUUUAGAUGAGUUGUAUCAUAAGUCCUGUGCAUUGGCAGAAGAUCCAUCAGAUCUGAGAGACUCCUUCCAGCACCCUGCCCGCCUCAUCAAGUUCCUGGUGGGGAUGAGGGGCAAAGACGAGGCCAUGGCCAUCGGGGGUCACUGGUCUCCUUCUUUGGACGGGGCUGACCCAGAAAACGAUCCCUCGGUCCUUAUAAAGACAGCCAUACGAUGUUGUAGGUCUCUAACAGGCAUUGAUCUGAGUUUGUGCACUCAGUGGUAUCGUUUUGCAGAGAUACGCUAUCACCGCCCUGAGGAGACUCACAAAGGGCGGACAGUCCCCGCACAUGUGGAGACAGUGGUUUUAUUUCUCCCGGAUGUUUGGCAUUGUCUUCCUACCCGCUCAGAGUGGGAGGGCCUGUCCCGCGGACUCAAGGAGCAGCUGGCAGAGAAACUCCUGGCCGAACGGAAGGAGGCUGAUGGAGAACAGGAGGAGGAGGAUAAAGACGAAGACGAUUUGAAGGAGGUCACUACGCCGACUCACUGGUCUAAGCUAGAUCCCAAAUCCAUGAAGGUGAAUGAUUUGAGGAAAGAGCUGGAGAGCCGCACGCUGAGCUCUAAAGGACUGAAGUCCCAGUUGAUCGCUCGGCUUACCAAACAGCUGAAGGUGGAGGAGCAGGUUGAGGAGUCCAAGGAGCCAGAGAAACCUGAACCUCCUAGCGUAGAGGAGGACGAAGUCUGCAGAGUGGAGGAUGACAGAGAGGAGGAGGAGCGAAAGCGGCAGGAAGAGCAAGAACGUCAGCGCAGGGAGAGACGAUAUGUUCUACCGGAUGAGCCGACCAUUCUCGUCCACCCUAAUUUUGCUGCCAAGAACGGCAAAUUUGACUGCAGUAUCAUGUCGUUGAGUGUGCUGCUGGAUUACAGACUGGAGGACAAUAAAGAACAUUCCUUUGAGGUUUCUUUGUUUGCUGAACUGUUCAAUGAAAUGCUUCAGCGAGACUUCGGCUUCAGGAUCUACAAAACACUCGCUUCUCUUCCACACAAAGAUGAGAGAAGAGACAAGAAAGACAAAGCUAGAAAAGACGCAGAAAAAAGGGACCUAAAGAAGGAGAAGGAUGAAGAAAACGGAGAGCCGGUCUCUAAGAGAAUGAGGGAUGAAGAUGACAGGAGGAAGGACGAGGAGAAGGAAAGAGGUAUUAAGAGAGAAGAAUCAAAAGAUGAAGAUGAAAAUGAAGAUGGGAGCAGCAACAACAAUGCUGAUGAAUAUGACCCCAUGGAGGCAGAAGAUGCAGAUGACUAUGACGAUGAUGAUAAAGACGAUGAAGACUCUAAUGGGAGAGACAGAAGAGACGACCGCAGAGAUGACCGAAAACCUAAAGACCGACCAUCGAAAGAUAAAGAUGAGAAGAAAAAGCAGAUGGUGACAUUUAACAAGGACCUCCUGAUGGCAUUCGUGUACUUCGAUCAGAGUCACUGUGGCUACCUGCUGGAGAAGGACUUGGAGGAGAUCAUGUACACGCUGGGCUUGCAUCUCUCACGAGCUCAGGUGAAGAAAUUGUUAAACAAACCCAUGGUCAAAGAGUCCUGCUAUUAUCGCAAGCUAACAGACCGACCGAAAGAUGAACCCAGCCCGACGUUGACCUCUAACGCUCACAUAGACAACCUUUUAGGUAACAAAACCUUGCUGUCCAACCAGAAGAGCAAGCAAAAAUCAGAAGGCGUCAGCGAAUCAGGUAGCCUGAUCGUCUAUAACGGAGCCAUGGUGGAUGUGGGUAGCAUGAUGCAGAAACUGGAGAAGAGUGAGAAGAGCAGAGAGGAAAUCGAGCAGAAACUCAUGCAGCAGGACAUUAAAAUGGAAGAGAAUUCAAAGAGUAUGGCAGAGCUGGAAGCAGCUAACCACAGUCUUCGCAGAGAGCUGGAGGAAGUGAAGAGCAAUCUCAAAGAGACCGAGAACAGCCUGCAGUCCUCAGACCAGCAGAAAGGCAGCUAUGAACAACAGCUUCACAGCACAGUCUCCAACCUCGACAGCGUCAUGAAGGAGAUCCAAAGUGUCCUAACAAAUGUUGAUCGCUCAAAAGAUGGUAACAGGAAAACUCAAGCGAAUGGCUCAGACGAAUAACCGUCCCUGUCCAGCUGAUCAACAUCUACCCCCAAUAUGUAAAUAAGCUUGAAACAAAAACGAUUCUUAAGAUACAUUUAUUUAGAUUUUCUUUUUUGUUUCUAUGUAUAAAGUUUUAAUGACACUGGGGGUAACUGUAAACUCAUAUCUCCUCCUCAUUACUCUGUAAUUCAAAAUAAAACUACAUUUGGGCAGAGUAUCAGUAAACACUUUACAAACGCUUGUUUAAUGUUUCUUUAAAAGAUGUGAAAAAGUCAUUUGGUUAGGCGUAUGUUUUACAAACGUCGCUGGAUUUCACAUAUUCUUGUUGAAAUGAUACAUGACUUGUGCCAGUACGUGCGAGUUCUUAUUAGCAGAGUUUAUUAAGCAAUAAAUGUGUUAUUUAUGUUAAAGCUGAAUUGAGUUUAGAUAAAAGCAGUUGGUGAGUUUAUACGAAUUUACAUGUUUACUGAUCCGUUCUAUUGUUAAAAAUACAAACAUUGAAUAAAGGUGUUUUGUUAGAUAUGCUUUGUUUUGCAGCCGUGUCACCUGUACGCAUGCAUCUGAAUCAGUGCAUGCAUACCAGUUUGAUUCCAGAUUAUUGCUCUUGAAAACGCGUUACGUUUUAUUUCCCGGUGGACUGUUAAUGUUUUGUUCUUUGAUUCUUGUGUAAUCUAGUAUAGCGUGAAUGUGGACAUGUUCUGGUCAUUGCAAACAACGCCAGGCCAGUAACCCUGUCAAUGAUGCACAGAUUGUAUGGGGUCAUGUCCUGUGUACUUCACAGAAUAUCCGAGUGAUUGUAGACUUUCAGAAUCGUGUGGAUUGAGUGCAGUAUGUUUUUUCUGGAUUUUUUUAAAGGCAAUGAAUUCUCAUGGUUGACUUAUUUUUGUUUCUUUUUGUUAGCUCACUGAGGAGGAGAAUGAUUAUGUGAUUAUAGUGGGGAAGGGAGGUUCUGCUGAGGGAAAAGAGCCAAAUUUAGUCAAAAUGAGCCCAAAGCAACCAAGUGCUUAUUAUUUUUCUAAUCUUGAUGUACUUCAUGGUUGUCCUGGUCAAGGAAAAAAUAAAAGUGGUUCAUUUUAAAAGUU